AACGUGAAGUCUCGCGAUGUUUCCCGACAGCUCUCUAAACCCGGAAGUGAAUGCGGGAAAUGUUUAGAUCCACCUCACGCUUCUCUCUGACUUUAUGUUUGGGCUUUUUGUGUGGAACUCGGCGGCAGAACAUUUCCCUUUAACGAGCAGAAGAACUCAGAUCAACGAUGCGGCGUUUGUGAGACGGUGGACGGGAUGUGGACCGGAACCGGACGGACGGAGCGCCGCUGAUCGCUGACGGUCCUGUCACCGACGGUCACGGUAAACGACGUAUGGCUCAGUGGUGCAGCAGCUGAACACAUCACUAACAUGUUUCUGAAGACGUCCUUCACCACCCUGGUUGUGGGGGUGUUUGUGGUGUACGUCCUCCACACCUGCUGGGUGAUGUAUGGAAUUGUGUACACCAAACCCUGUGACAGCCCCCAGAAAGACACAUGCAUCACCCCCUACCUGGCAGGAAACCCCAAACUGCAGCUGAGCAUCUACACUACACUGCAGUCUAACGCCAAUGGAGGCCAUGCUCUGAUCUUCAAGGAGGAGGAGUUUGAUGUCAACAGCAAGUUUGAGAGGACUGUCAAUGUGUCUCUCCCUAAGAAGACCCGGAACAACGGGACUCUCUACGCUCUGGUUUUUGUUCAUCAAGCUGGCGUGAGUCCAUGGCAGGAUCCACGGCAGGUUCACCUGGUGGCUCAGCUCACCACCUACAUGGUUCCAAAACCUCCAGAAAUAUCCCUGAUCUCCGGAGAGGAUGAUGCACAGGAUCAAAAACAAGAAUCUCAGAAUGCAAAGCGGCAUGAAGGCAGCGCCACGGCUAAAGGCGAUGCCACGUCCUCGCCGGACCGUCCAGUCUCUCACUGGCGUUCCCGCCUGACACUAAACAUCGUCAGUGACCACUUCCUGUUUGACCGAGGUUACCUUCCCAGUGACGUACACAGAUACCUGAGAGUAUUCCAGACCGGGAAGAAGAUGGUGUAUCUACCUCUGCUGUUUGUUGAUGAGCUCAGCAAUCGGGUCAAAGACCUGGUGGAGAUCAACAACACUUCCUCGGAGCUUCCUCUGUUCAUUUCCUACGACUCCAUCUCUCUCGGGAGGCUUCGCUUUUGGAUCCACAUGCAGGAUGCCGUUUACUCUCUGCAGCAGUUUGGGUUUACAGAGAAGGAUGCAGAUGAGAUUAAAGGGAUUUUUGUGGAUACCAACCUCUACUUCCUCGCUCUCACCUUCUUUGUUGCUGCUUUCCAUCUUCUCUUUGAUUUUCUGGCUUUCAAAAAUGACAUCAGCUUUUGGAAGCAGAAGAAAAGCAUGGUGGGAAUGUCCAGCAAAGCAGUCUUGUGGAGGUGCUUCAGUACCAUCGUGAUCUUCCUCUAUCUACUCGAUGAGCAGACGAGUCUUCUCGUCCUCAUUCCUGCCGGGAUCGGCUCCAUCAUUGAAGUAUGGAAGGUGAAGAAGGCUUUAAAAAUCCAGGUUUUCUGGAAAGGAGGCAAACCAACAUUCCUUUUUGGAAAAUUAGACGAAUCUGAGAGAAGAACAGAAGAAUAUGAUACUCUGGCCAUGAAGUACCUGUCAUACCUUCUGUACCCGCUGUGUGUGGGAGGGGCCAUCUAUGCUCUGAUAUUUCUCAGAUAUAAGAGCUGGUACUCCUGGUUGAUCAACAGCUUGGUGAAUGGCGUGUACGCGUUUGGAUUCCUCUUCAUGCUUCCCCAACUCUUCGUCAACUAUAAGCUGAAAUCUGUGGCUCACUUACCCUGGAAGGCUUUUAUGUAUAAGGCGUUCAACACUUUCAUCGAUGACGUGUUCGCCUUCAUCAUCACUAUGCCCACGUCACACAGACUGGCCUGUUUUAGGGACGACGUGGUGUUCCUGAUCUACCUUUAUCAACGAUGGCUCUAUCCAGUGGACAAAAGCAGAGUGAAUGAAUAUGGAGUUUCAUACGAUGAGAAGCCCAAAGGGAAGCCUCACAAGGAUUAGGUAGAACUGUUCAUCCGGUCAAACUGUUCAUCCGGUAGAACUGUUCAUCCGGUAGAACUGUUCAUCCGGUAGAACUGUUCAUCCGGUAGAACUGUUCAUCCGGUAUCCUCUCAUGUGAUAUCAGAGACCAGUUGAACAUCCUCCAUGACAGCAUCUCAUAUUGAUGUAAAUUACAGUUUGAGUCGUUCAUGACUGGAAACAUUACAGUUUAACAGUGAUUCAAAGAUAAAAAAAUACACAAAAUCAGAAUAUUCCUCUUUUAAAAUGUACUUCCUAAGUGCAACACAAACCUUUAACAUCAGCAGCAGUGAAUGUAUUCAUCCUGAAACGUGUUCAUUUUUGUUGGUCACAAAAACAACCAAGAAAAUGAAUUUUAUGACAUCCUCAGCUGUCUACAAAUUUAGAGUUCAUCUUAUUUUUCUGAAGUUCUUUAUGAAAAAGAAACCAUCUGGAAUGAAAACGGUUACAGCUCGAUUCUCAUGUGACUCUGAUGAUUUCACCUUUUUUAUAAUUACAGGUAACUACAAUCAGAAAAGGCUCUGUAAUUAUAAUUAGUAAAAUAAUGAAUGUUCUUCUGUUACAUAAAUGUGAACGACAUUUACACAUUCCAAUAAGCCAAUAUUUAAAGUUUUCUUCAAAUCGUGAAUCUUCAGUUGUUGGACAAAAGCAGCUUCAUUCGCUUCAGCUUCAGGACCAGCUGAAGCAUCAGUUUGAGCCAGUUCUGGUGCAGCUGGGUACCUGCUCAUUUAAAGUUAGACUCUAGCAAACACGUCCUCACUGAUGCUCAUGGAUGAUUCUUAAAGUCCUGAGAUGUAAAAGAACAUAUUUGUGCUAAAAAUUAUGUGUUAAAAAACCAAACGGUUUGGACUGACUGCUCCUGGAAAAUGUUGCUUCAAAUCACAUAAAAACUCUACAUUAACAUCUAAACCUUGUUUCAUUUAAAUCAUAAAACAAAUGAUGAAUAUCAGAUUUUUCAAAUGGAUUUCAGGAGAUUUUCUGACAUAUGUCAGUAAUCUGAAGUGAAGGGUUCUGUCUUUCUUGGUGGAAGAUGAAAAAUUUUCUUUUUUUAUAAACUGUUAAAAUCUUCUUUGUAAAGCUGAACUGCAAACAAAACUGUAACCUUUCAGAAUGUUCAGCAGGAUUUAGACUUAGAAUUGUAUAAAUUUGUGUUUUAAUCUGUCACUGAACUAUCUCUAACAGGUGAAGCCAUAUUGUUCUUUCCUUUUAUUUCUGGAUGUUAGUUUUUUUUUCUCCCAGUAAGUAUUUUUCUAAUAUGGCCAAGAAAACCCUGUAGUGCCAAAUGUGACAAGUUUUUUUUUUUUUUUUU